CAACGACGGCGACAUCUCGUCCAUCAACACCACCAGGCGAUUCCCCCGUGGCCCCUUGACUUUUGAAAAUCAUCCAAGACUCCCUCGUGUCUGUACGUUCGUAUCUGCAAGCAAGCGUGCGCCGCCUCCGCCUGGUUCUCGAGGGCCGCCCACCACGCACGCGUGUUCCCUCCCCAUCUUUGUCAAGUCAGUCCGCUAUUUGCAUCCCGGUUGUGCGACGGACAUCGAGUACCAUCUGAAACAGACAGCCCGCGGCAACAAACAGCGCCGGCUCGUCAUCGUCGGGCGCGCCCCUACCCCUCUCAGUCAUCAUAGUAACAAGGUCGCUCGUCUCAGCAGCAACAGCAACAGUAACAGCCUCCAUCAUGGCCGACCAGCAGCAAGACCCGGGGCGCCGCAUUCAGGCCAUCGGCCAGCAUCUCCAGCCGCCGUCACCGUCGGGCCUCCCGCCGAUCCAAAGAGUAGCCGCCGGGUCCAGCACCCCACGCGUCCAGGGCAAGGUGGCCAUCAUCACGGGCGCCAACUCGCCCAUGGGCAUCGGGCGCGCCUCGGCCCACCAGUUCGCCGAGAGCGGCGCGCGGGCGCUGUACCUGUGCGACUACGACGGCACGCACCUCGAGGCGCACGCGCGCGACAUCACCGCCGCCUUCCCGGGCGUCGAGGUCCACGCGCGCCGCUUCGACGCCGCCGACGAGGCCGAGGUCAAGGCCGUCGUCGACGACGCCGUGCGCCGCUACGGCCGCCUCGACGUCUUCUUUGCCAACGCCGGCGUCACGGGGCCCCUUGUCGGCUUUACCGACGGGAGCGCCGACGACUUUAUGUCUGUCUUCCGGACCAACACGCUCAGCGUCUUCCUCGCGGCCAAGCACGCCGCCCCGGCCAUGGGCAAGACGUCGCCCGACAAGCCCGCGCCGGGGGGCAGCAUCAUCGGCACGGCGUCGGUGGCGGGCCUGCGCUCCAACGCCGGCUCCGCGCCCUACUCGGCGUCCAAGGCGGCCGUGGUGUCGCUGGCCCAGACGCUGUCGUACGAGCUGGCCGGCACGGGCGUGCGCGUCAACGCCCUGUGCCCGGGGCUCAUCGAGACGGGCAUGACGGCGUUCGUCUACGACUCCGCCCGCGCGCGCGGCCGCGAGGGCCGCAUCGGCCAGCUCAACCCCACCAGGCGCGGCGGCCACGCCGACGAGAUUGCCCGCGUCGCCCUCUUCCUCGCCAGCGACGAGAGCAGCUACGUCAACGGCCAGGCCUGGGCCGUCGACGGCGGCCUGAGCGCCGGCCAUCCCUUUGUGCCCGGCCGCCUGAGCUGAAGUCGUCGGUUCUCGGGCCGCGGGGGGGGGG